AAGAGGACUCCGGAGCUGGGGCUGCAGCGAGGAGGAGGAACCAGGCUGAGCUUUCUCUGCUCUCUGCUGGGGGUUUGCUGGACUAGGCAAGAGCUGGAGGGUCACUGAGCUGCAGAAAGAGCCGCCCCCCCCCCCGGCUGGAGGCUCGCUGAGCUGGGUGGGCCUCACUCAGCAUCUUUAUUAGUUCGCCCCCCAGCCUGGACCAGGGCGGCUGCAUCCAGCCGCAGAACAACAUCCACGUUUCACUCCGGAUCAUCCCGUCCUCCUGCGGGCCAGGGCAGGGAAAUGGCUGGAGCGGAGCCGGCUCAGUCUCUCUGCGCUGCUGUUCCCGUAAUGCGGAUGGGAUGAGGGCCAUGCGUGUACGAAGUCGGAAGGGCCGGCAGGUCAAGACAAGGCUGGAUUUGAUCUUGCAGCAUCAGAAGCAUUUUCCACAGCCGCAGCUCUCUGAUCUGACUGUCCUUACAUUGCAAAACAAUUGCCAGGAGCUGGGACUGGACGACAGGGGAUGGAUCACUCAAUAGUUGCCCUGUUCUGUUCAUUCCCUCUGAGGCAUUGGCACCAGCUGGAAGACAGAAGACUGGGCUAGACGGACCAUUGGUCUGACCCAGGAUGGCCAUUCUUAUGUCCGGAGCAGCAAGGAAGAGGCAAAUCUGGGUGUGAUGACAGGGCAGGGACCAGUGACCUUCAAGGAGGUGGCUUUGUACUUCACUGACCCUGGUCAGAGGGCCCUCUACAGGGACGCCAUGCAGGAGAACCAUGCGAACGGGACCUCACAGGGAUCUCCGAUUCCAAAACCCGACGCUGUCUCCCAGCGGCAACAAGAGGAAGAGCCGUGGGUCCCGGAUCUCCAAGGCUCUAGGGAAAGGGAGAACCCCAGAGGAGACUGCCCAGGUGAGGAAUCCAUGAAACUGACACAGAUGUCAUCGGGAGUUGACUCCUGUCCAGAUCACCCCAUUCGCCUCGGGGAAAUAUUCAGGACCCGCAAAGACUCCCUGUUGCGCAAGGGCCCGCGCCCCAGGGAGAGACUGAACACGUGCAAAGACUGCGGGAAGAGCUUCCGUCGGCGGUCCAACCUCCUGGCACAUCAGAGGACCCACGGGGCCAAGAGACCCCACCCGUGCGCCGACUGCGGCAAAACCUUUGGCGCCUUCUCCAACCUCCUGCGGCACCAGCGUGGGCAUGCCGGCGAGAAGCCCUACAAAUGUCCCGACUGCGGGAAAGGCUUCGGGCACAGCUCGGCCUUGGUCACCCACCGGCGGAUCCACACCGGAGAGAAACCCUACGCCUGCGGGGACUGCGGGAAGCGCUUCAACGUGGUCUCCAACCUGGUGCGUCACCAGCGGAGCCACACGGGCGAAAAGCCCUACAAGUGCCCCGACUGCGGGCGGCGCUGCAGCCAGCGCUCCCACCUGGUCACCCACCGGCGGCUGCACACCGGCGAGCGUCCCUACGUCUGCCUGGAGUGCGGGAAGUGCUUCAACGUCAGCUCGGACCUCAUCAAGCACCGGCGCAUCCACACCGGGGAGCGGCCCUACGCCUGCAGUGACUGCGGGAAAUGCUUCAGCGGCAGCUCCAACCUGCUGACCCACCAGCGGCUGCACACGGGUGAGCGGCCCUACAAGUGCCCCGACUGCGGGAAAGGCUUCACCAUCAGCUCCAAGCUGAUCGCCCACCAGCGCACCCACACCGGCGAGCGGCCCUACAGCUGCGCCGACUGCGGGAAGGGCUUCAGCGACCGGCCCCACCUGGCCCGGCACCAGAGCGCCUCCCGGCGCGAAAAGCGCUACAAAUGCUCCGACUGCGGGAAGGGCUUCACCACCAGCUCCUACCUCCUCACCCACCAGCGCAGCCACACCGGGGAGACCCCCUUCAUCUGCGGCGACUGCGGGAAGAGCUUCGCUGUGGUCUCCAACUUGGUGCGGCACCGGCGCAUCCACACGGGAGAGAAGCCCUUCCGGUGCGGGGAGUGCGGGCGGCAGUACAGCCAGAGAGCCCACCUCACCACCCACCAGAGGGUGCACACCGGGGAGCGGCCCUACGUCUGCCUGGACUGCGGGAAAGGCUUCAACGUCAACUCCUCCCUCACCAAGCACCGCAGGACCCACACCGGAGAGAAACCCUACGUCUGCCCCGACUGCGGGAAACGCUUCAGCCAGAGCUCCAACGUGAUCACCCACCGCAGGCUGCACCACGGGGGGCACGGUGCCCUUGGUGCCGCGGCUAGGGCCAGCCAGCGGGAGUGAUCCCCCGCCAGCCUCUCUGGGGCCAGGACAUGGCAGCAGCUGACUCUUGGGCUUUGUCAGAUAGAGCCUUUUGCUGCUGCAGAUCCAGCUGUCUGGAGACCCUGCGCCUCCUGCUGAUCUGAUGGGGAGGCUGGAGAGAGAGACACACACACCCGUCUUCUCCAGGGGAGGGUGGAGUAAGAACCCCCUCCCCCACUUCCACUAGUGCUUCCAUCACCCUGGAGUGGACAACUCCUCUGUUCCCCACGGCACCUGGCCGCUCAGCGCCCUGAGGUUGGGGAAGCAGAGACCUUCUCUCCGGACACCUUUGUUUAGUUUCCCGGUUCCGUGUCCGGGUCACUUCAGGUCCCACGUAAAUAAAUAAGUUCCCUCCCUGAAA